CAAUCAAAGAGAAAUAGCGUCCAGGGGGAGGCCAGAGGCAGAAAGCAUGUGGUUGGGCCCCAUGCCUCCAAGGAAGCCAUGCAAGGGUGACCCGGGAUGCUCUCCCCGCCCCGGCCCCCUCCCUUCCCAGGGGGCGGCCCACAUCCAGGCCGGAGACCGGGUGGGGCGGCGCCGGCAAGGAUGAAUAAUUGAGGUAGAGGGGAGGAGGAAGAGGAGCGGCGGAGGAAGAGCGGGAGGCGGGAGCCGCCCGCGCAGGGUCCUCCCCACUCCGCACCCCACCCGCUCCGCCGCCCGGAAGUCGCUCCCCGCCUCCUGCUCCGCCAACAUGGCCGCGAAGUCGGAUGGAGCGGCGGCCGCGGCCGGCCCGGGGCCCGAGGGGCCGGCGGGAGCAGCCCGGGGCGGGGCAGGAGGGCGCGGGGAGGUGACGGCGGAGAUCGCGGGCCCGGGACCGGCGUCGGCGGGAGGCCCGGGGCCGCGCUACGAGCUGCGGGAUUGCUGCUGGGUGCUGUGCGCGCUGCUCGUGUUCUUCUCCGACGGCGCCACCGACCUGUGGCUGGCGGCCUCCUAUUACCUGCAGGGUCAGAGCACCUACUUCGGCCUCACCUUGCUCUUCGUGCUGCUGCCCUCCCUGGUUGUGCAGUUGCUCAGCUUCCGCUGGUUCGUCUAUGACUACUCGGAGCCCGCGGGGACCCCAGGACCCGCCGUCAGCACCAAGGACAGCGACAUCGGCGGAGCCGCCAUCAGCACCAAGGACAGUGCUGUCGCCUUCAGGACCAAAGAAAGCAGCCCGGAGCUGGUCCCCCGGCCAGCGCCGUCCUCGGCCAGCGCCUACCGUCGUCGCUGCUGCCGCCUCUGCGUCUGGCUACUGCAGACCCUCGUUCACCUCCUGCAGCUCGGCCAGGUCUGGAGGUACCUGCGCGCGCUGUAUCUGGGGCUGCAGAGCCGCUGGCGCGGAGAACGGCUGCGGCGCCACUUCUACUGGAGGAUGCUGUUUGAGAGCGCGGAUGUGAGCAUGCUGCGUCUGCUGGAGACCUUCCUGCGCAGCGCUCCGCAGCUGGUGCUGCAGCUCAGCCUACUGGUCCACCGCGGCCUGGAGCCAGACCUGCUGACGGCCCUCUCCAUCUCCGCCUCCCUUGUGUCCCUGGCCUGGACACUGGCAUCCUACCAGAAGGUGUUGAGAGACUCGAGAGAUGACAAGCGGCCCCUGUCCUACAAGGGUGCUGUAGCUCAAGUGCUAUGGCACCUGUUCACCAUCGCUGCCCGGACCCUGGCUUUUGCCCUCUUUGCCAGUGUCUACAAGCUCUACUUUGGCAUUUUCAUUGUUGCCCACUGGUGCAUCAUGACCUUCUGGGUUAUCCAGGGUGAGACAGACUUCUGCAUGUCCAAGUGGGAAGAGAUCAUCUACAAUAUGGUGGUGGGUAUCAUCUACAUCUUCUGCUGGUUCAACGUCAAGGAGGGCCGCAGCCGACGUCGUGUGACCCUCUACUAUUGCAUUGUGUUGCUAGAGAACGCAGCACUCACUGGCUUCUGGUACUCCAGUCGAAACUUCUCCACUGACUUUUACUCACUCAUCCUGGUCUGCGUGGUGGCCUCCAGCUUCGCACUGGGCAUAUUCUUUAUGUGUGUCUAUUACUGUCUCCUGCACCCCAAUGGGCCCAUGCUGGGGCCCCAGGCACCUGGUUGCAUCUUCCCUGAGACCCCAGGUCCCUGUGCUCCUCCAGCUGAUGCCAUCACAAGUCCACCGAGAUCUCUGCCAAGGACUACGGGCACUGAGCGGGACGGGGCCUCAGUGGGAGGUGAGCGAGCUGGGACCCCUACACCACCUGUCUUCCAGGUGCGACCUGGUUUGCCUCCCACGCCGGUGACUCGCCCCUUGCGGACAGAGGGGCCUGUUAUUCGGAUCGACUUGCCUCGAAAAAAGUACCCAGCAUGGGACGCUCAUUUUAUUGACCGCCGGCUCCGGAAGACCAUUCUGGCUUUGGAGUAUACUUCACCUGCCACACCCAGGUUGCAGUACCGGAGCAUGGGCACCUCCCAGGAACUGCUGGAGUAUGAGACCACAGUGUAGGCACAGUCUGCCUCCCAAAAGGGACAGGGUUGGCUGACCCCACAUUGACCACAGUGUUGAGUCUGGAUUUCAGGGCCACCAGGCUAAGUGGGAGUAGAUCUUUGGAUCCAAGAACAGCCCCACUAUGGGGUUCUCUUAGGGGAGAGGGCAGACCUGUGGAGGCCCUAGGCCUCAUUUUCAGCCCUAUGGCCUAUUCCCUAAGUUUCCCUGGACCAGGGCACAGGGCAUCAAGUGGUGCUACCCCCUCAUGAACUGCCCCACUCUCAUGGGGUAACCCCUCAUGAACUGCCCCACUCUCACGGGGAUGCCAUAUUAUGCUUGGCACAAGGGUCUUCACCCUUUCCCCUGCCUAGAAUCAUGCCACAUCACCCCUGGUGGGCUACCAGAGGAAAGGCACUGCCUAAGGUCCAGGGCUCCCCUUAGGGAGUGUUAGGAAGGGCUGCCUUGUGAUAAAAGGGGACCCUUGAGAGGAGAUGAAACAGGCUGUAGGAUGAAUGGGGGGCACCUCUGGACAGAUUUGGCACAGUUCCUGUAGGAAGGGAAACUGGCCAAGAGGAGAAUUAGUGCAGGGAGUCGGGGAGGUAACUUGGGUAUCUGACAGUGUAGACGUUGGCAGGAUAAAGAGCCCUGAGGGGUGAGGGCUGACAGCAGUAUGUAGGAGUGCCAGUAGGAGGUGGGAUGCCUUUGCUCGGGAGGUGGACUUGGUUGGGAGCUCUGUUAAGGUCUAGAGCCCUCAGGUGAGAGGUCACAACACCUUGUGCUCCUGAGAUGUUCCUUGAAGAUGAAGGUCUUAAGCACAGCAGAUAAAACAACUGGGAAGAUACUCUGCCUAGCUCAACUAUAGAAGAGGCUCUAGCUCACUGAGAGAGGGCCUGUUGGGGAGAUGCCUCAGUCCUAGAAUACCUCUUGAUAACAUGUCCUAGAGAGCUGCUGAUCUUUUAUAAGGAUCAAGGACAUGAACCCUGCUGCUCUGAUGUGGAUGAUUCUAGCUUCUACCAAGGGCAGUGGGGGAGGGGAUGUGGGAUAUUCUAGAAUGGGUGCUCUAGUUCUAGGCUGCCAAGGUUUACGGAAGUUCUAGAUCCCCUUCCAUGUCCCCAGCUCUAUCGCCUCUAAAAGGAAAUUGUCCUUAAAACCCUUGAAACAUUUCUGCUGCCAAGUGAUUCUCAGCUGGAAAAAAAAUAGCUCUGGGGAUGUGACAUCAAUCUUGGAUUCCUGCUACCCUACAGCUGAGGUUCUCUGGGGUGGCAUCUGGGAAACUGACUUGUUUUGUCUCAAAUCUGACAAGGCCCCAGGCCUAAGACCCAUGGUCCGGACAUCCUGGGUUGCACAAGGGACCAUCAUCCUGGGAUGUGCCCCUGGCCUGGGACAGCCCAUCUUGACUGGGGCACAUUAUGGGCAGGGUUAUGGAACUGGAGAGCUAGGCAGCUCUAGACAAGGCCUAGAGUCUCUUGUCACUCCCCUAAGCCAACUGAGGUGAGCUCACUGAAAGGGGACAGCCAGGGACUUUGGGGAUAAGUACAGAUUGGACUGGAAAGUAUGGAGGUCAUAAGAAUCCUAGACUAUGCAAAUAAGAUUGUUUAGACUCCCUGGCUCAGCCUCUCUUGGAGUUACAGAUGGAAAACUGAGGCCCAGCAUAGUAGCUACUCUCACAAGGCCUUGAACUCCUGACUGUCCCAUCAGAGGUGAUAUGGCAAUGAUUGAUGUGCCGAGGAUGCUGGGAGGCAACUACGCCAGGGUGAGGAUGAGAGGGCACACUGUGUGGAUACACACACAAGCACACAUCAUACCCAGGAUACGAGCCACCCUGCUUGGCACCAUGGGUAGCUGUAUUCAUUUUGCCAGUGCAGAAUAUGUUUUCUUCCCUCUGCUUCCCUGACCCCUAAAGGCCUCCAGAGUGACAGACAGCUCCAUCCUGACACAGUCCUGCUCUGAGGGAGUCAUCCAUUCCCUUCUCCCUCUACCCAGAGCUAACUUUGGAGACUAGGUCCAUGGCUAGCUAUAUACCUGUCACAAUCUCUGUAACGCAGAGCAUUGAAGAUGGGCUCCAAACCCAAGCAGCCUGAUUCUGCAGGGCUCAUGGUACCAGGAACUGUCACUCCAUUGUUUCCCCUGUGUGCCACCCUUACAAGAGCUAUACCUCCAUCCCACACAUCAAUAUGGUAACACUGGGCUACCCUUGGCAAGUUAUUUUAACAUCAACCCCCCCCCAAGAUCCUAGAAUGGCUCCAUGGAUGCCCCAUUCUCCAGCAGCCUAGAAGGAAAGGUUUCGGAUCCCUUAGUGGGUUGAUGCAGGAGGCCAGGGCAGCCAAGGAACAGGAUGAGCAGAGCCAGGCAUGGCCUGAGGCUGCAGGGAAGCCAUGGCCACAUUUUUCAUCCUGAUCUCGCAGAGCUUUCCCCAGGACCCCUGCCUGCAAGGAGAUCUGAUCACCAGGGAAGGUUGUAGGCAGAGGACCUUAAUCCUUCUCCCCAUCUGGAACCCAUAUCCUCCAAGUAUAAGCCCCCUCCCUUCAGUUCAGGACCCCAUCCUUCCUGGCCUGAGGCCUCUCUCAUUAUUGUCCUGUGUUUUGCCUCCUAAGGACAAAAGAAUCAGAAUAGGGAAGGACCCCCGUCUUCUUGGAGCUAUUUUUUGGUUCCUUUCUUUGACACAAUCUACCUCAGCUGAUCUCUUUCCCCUACCGUAACUGCACCCCUGGGGUCCUCCACUCCUGUCCCCAGACCAUGAACCGAGUCUGGAUUCUUAGUUCUUCCUAGGACCCCUGCAAGGUUCUUCCAGUGAGAGAGAACUUUAGUUCCCCAGCCUUGAAGGAAGAGUUCCCAAAGUCACCUACCCUUCUUAUCCAUUAUAAAGAAGAAACAGAGAGGAACAUACAUUUGCCCAAAGUCACACAGCAAGUAAAUGGAACUCUGGCUUUCCUGGGCAUCAGCAAAAGUUAUGUGUCUUAACUUCUUCAGGAGCAGCAGAUAAUGGGACAUCUUGGGAACAGAAAUGUCAGACCGUCCCUUCCUAACAUAGAACCCUGCCUCCUAUUCCAUGAGGUCCCACCCCCACAUCAACCCCAGCUGCUGGCUAUGCCCCCUAAACCUCCCCAGGCACCAUGCACCACUUACUGUACCAUGUGCCUUGUAACAGACACCCUAGCCGACAGCACGGGCCUCCACCCUGUUCUGCAGGGACUGUCUAAGAUUGUGGGCUUGGUCCCUUCCUCUCACCUUCCCCAAAUCUGCCUUACUCUCAGCUGGAUCCCUCCUGCACCUGCGUCUCCCUGAAGUGUGUCACCCCGAGGACUGGAGAAGCAGAGGCCCAGGGGGGCAAGGCUGAAAAUGUGCAGGUUUCCAGAUGAUAACAUGGGAGACUUGGGACCACCAUCCCCAACUACUUCCCUGAAGACUUAAGGUUCUGCAAGCCCCUCCCUUGAAGCUUACCUGUGGCUGAAGUCUACAAAGGCUAGACGGUAGGAAAAGGCUCACCGAGGCAGGGCGCAUGGGUAUAAACUCAGAUAACACCAGAAAGGAAAGUGGGGUGAGUGGAGGUUUGAGAAAGCAGAACUGGGGGGAUGGCAGAAGGAAGGUUAUUGGUGCCAAAGAGCAAUGAGGUUUAGGCAUUGGAAACAACCUCCUGGCCACCAGUUUGAGACUUCUAAUGCAUCAGCCCCUCCAGUUGGAAGCCUCUGGGACUUGGCUUGGUCUAACCUUAAGUCUCAUCCUGGCUGUCUGGGAGGCUUCAGGUCCCUGGUUGUUCCCAGGAGGUUAUUUAGGACCUGGAUUCCUUUCUAGUUUGGGGGCUCCUGAUUCAGAGGGAAUCUCUCCAAAUAGAGGGAGGGAUAAGGCACAGGUUGCUAACUGAAUGUCAGGAACCUCGAUCCCAUUCCAUGUUGGCCCACAACUCGUUGGCAUCUGCCUCCUUCCUAGACAGAGCCUGGGUGAGAAGGUGAAAUCUAUAGCCUUCAAAGGAAGGGGCAUUGCAAUGAGAGGGACAGGGUGAUUGCCAAUCCCCAGAGGAAGCGUGGGGUAGGGGUCUGAGUCCCCCUUCUGGAUGAGGACUCUUCUGAGGCCCUGGGCUUAGGGAAAUGGAACAUGCCUGUCAUGCUGGGGUAGACACUGAGCUCUUGGUUGCCACUGCAAGAUGCUAGGAGAGGAAGAACCAAAUCAGGACACUCCAGGGGACAGAGCAAGGAGAGUCCACUCCAGCCAGGACACUCCAGGGGACAGAGCAAGGAGAGUCCACUCCAGCCAGCACACUCCAGGGGACAGAGCAAGGAGAGUCCACUCCAGCCAGCACACUCCAGGGGACAGAGCAAGGAGAGUCCACUCCAGCCAGCACACUCCAGGGGACAGAGCAAGGAGAGUCCACUCCAGCCAGGCCUGAUUCCCAUGCCCGGCCCCUUCCACUGUAACCUCACCCAGAGGCCACCCACUCCUCAGCACCUCUGGCCUUUAUUCUAUGCACAACUCUUUAAGAGUCCCCAGGCCAGACUGGAUGGUGGGAGCCCAGGAUACCUGCAAUAAUCUCAUAGUGGAGGGGGUCUUGGGACAAAGAGGGAGUGAGGAUAGCCACAAGAGGGAAGAGGAAAUUCCUUUCCCUCCCUUCUCCCAAGUAUCAGAAUCCAGUCAGACCUAAUAGAACUUGCCGCUCUCCUUGUCUGGUUUCGAAACCAGACAUAAGAAGGGGUCCGAACCAUCCCCAGAGCCCUCAGGAUUCCCCAAGGAUUUUGUGGCUUGAGAAGUUGUUUUGGUUUUCCUCCUGAAAAGGCUUUUAUAAAUAAAGCAUUCAUUUGGCUACCUUAGAUUAAAGCUGAGUGGGUAGUAGAUACAUCCUGGUGAGGACACGUGUUAGCUUCCAACAUCCUGGUGAGGACACGUGUGAGCUUCCAGGACUCAAGUGUGAAGGAUUUCUCCAUUCUGUAUUAGAUGACUUAAUGCAGAAUCCUCAAGAAUACUCAUGGGUGGCAGGCCCUGACUCUGCAGAUGCUUGGGUGGGGUCUGGGACCUCCACAUUGGCAUCAGUGGUUUAAUUAUCCAGUUACUUCCUAGUUUACAGAUGGGGCAGGCCCAGAGAUGGGAGGCAACCUGCCCAAGCUCACACAGCAAGCUAGUGGUAAGCUAGAACUAGAGCCGAGGUCCCUUGGGAGGGAGCUCCCACCAGAAUACGUUUGUCUCUGAUAUCCCAACAUGCCCACAGGAACCACUAGCCAUGCCUAAGGGCCCAAUUUCCCUGUCAGCACACUCCAGGUGACUUCCCCCUGUUCUCGCGCCCCUUUGUGGUCAGCCCCAACUUCUGCCCGCUUCUUAGCCUGUUCCUAGGUCCACUUCCUGGUAUUUACUACAUCUGUGCCAUUCCCAGCCCAGCUAGCCCUUUCAAGCUUUCCCUGGGCAGGGGAGGGGGCCCAAGCUGGGGCUUCUGUACUGAGACUUUUGUACACCACAAACUUUUUGUAUAUUUUUAAUUUUGCUGCAACAUGAGAUAUUAAAAGUCAUUUCAGUACA